UCUUUGUUCCUAUUUCGUAUCAUCUUCCAGAUACCCCGGCGUUCGGUUUGCCUUGAUAUAUCCAAGCGAUUGGCGUUUCCGUACUAGGGAUACCUUCCCAAAAUAACUGCCGAAAAGCUCCCUGUCUGUGCUCCGACAGCUCACAAGCAUCGGGCAAGCUUCGUCUCCCUGUUGUUGUACCGGAUUCUCUAAACAAGUCAACAAAUUCUUUGUCGAAGACGACGCCAUGACUGUCCUGCCUAACGGCAUCAAGGCCGUCCUGGCCAAGGCGCCGACCGAUGUGGUCAUCCUCUCAUCCCUCCGUACCCCGAUCUGCCGGUCCUACCGUGGCCAACUCAAGGACGCCUACCCAGAAGAGCUCCUCUCGGUCGUCCUCCGCGCCACCCUGGACAAGAACCCGCAGCUCAACCCGGCCGACAUCGACGAUGUCGCCGUGGGCGUCGUGCUGAACGAGCUGGGCGGCUCCAAGGCCGCCCGCAUGGCCAUGAACCACGUCGGCUUCCCGUCGACCACCUCGCUGUACACGGCAAACCGGGCGUGCGCCUCGUCCCUGCAGAGCAUCGCCCUGAUUGCCUCGCAGAUCCGCACCAACAUGAUCGACGUCGGCAUCGGCGCCGGCAUGGAGAGCAUGACGCGUAACUACGGCUCCAAGGCCAUCCCCGUCGACUUUUGGCCGGCGCUGCGCGAGUCCCCCGUCAAGGACGCGCGCGACUGCAUCAUGCCCAUGGGCCUGACCAGCGAGAACGUGGCGAGCCGGUACGGGGUCUCGCGCGCCGACCAGGACGCCUUCGCGGUCGAGUCCCACCUCCGGGCGGCCCGCGCGCGCGACUCGGGCGCCUUCGACGCCGAGAUCGUGCCCGUCACGACGCGCUUCCAGGAGGUCGACAAGCAAGGGAACAAGGUGGGCGAGGAGAAGACCAUCACGGUCACCCAGGACGACGGCAUCCGCGCCGGCGCCUCGAUCGAGUCCCUCGCCAAGCUCAAGCCGGCCUUCCGGCCCGACGGGGCCAGCACGGCCGGCAACUCCAGCCAGGUCAGCGACGGCGCGGCCGCCACGCUGCUGAUGCGCCGCAGCACGGCCACGCGGCUCGGCCUGGCCGACAGCAUCAUGGGCAAGUUCGUCGCCGCGUCGGUGGUCGGGUGCGCCCCGGACGAGAUGGGCAUCGGCCCGGCCCUGGCCAUCCCCAAGCUGCUGGGCCAGCUGGGGCUCAGCAACGCCGACGUGGACCGGUGGGAGAUCAACGAGGCCUUUGCGAGCCAGGCCCUCUACUGCGUCCGCGCCCUCGGCCUCGAGAAGGAGCUGGCCGAGGGCAAGGUGAACCCGGACGGCGGCGCCAUCGCCCUCGGCCACCCGCUCGGCGCCACCGGCGCGCGCAUGGUGAGCACGCUCAUGCACGGCCUCGGCCGGACCGGCGGCGAGGUGGGCGUGGUGAGCAUGUGCAUCGGGACCGGCAUGGGCAUGGCAGGCGUCUUCGUCAGGGAGUGAAGGAAGCGCUACUAAUUAAUUAUUAGGUGCUGAGGUAGCAUAAGGGUUGGGGGAAGAGGGCCGGGGCCGGAGGUCUUGGGUCAGUCGGUCCUCUUCUUCUUCCUUUUUUUCUUCUUGCUUUUGGGCCUUUCUUGUGAAUACUGAAAUCAUGGUCAGGAGGGCUUUGGAUCUCUUUCAAAAAAAGGAAUGGAAGAGAUUGUGUUUUCUCGUCCAACCCAAGAAUAAUACAGCGCUUCAACGUCAUCGAUUACCAAGAGCAACAGAACGAUGGUGUAUUAAUUAAAGCACCGACCGGGACAGGUCCCUCAAGACGGUUUACGUGUCCCUGCGCACUUGGCGGGAAAGGAAUAUAAUUAUACAUUAAUCUAAACGUCGCUU